UAAUCAUUCAUUAUUCUGAGCAAAACUAGAAAGUUCAAAUAGUAAUUAAUGAAAUAAAGUGAGAUGUAAAUUAUACGGCCAAUUAUAGAAAUGGAAAAUUCUAAAAGUAAUACUGUUGUUCCUAAUAAUGGAAAGGAAGGACCCAUUCGCUGUAUAUUCUUUUGUGAAUUUCACCCAACUGCUGGACCAAUAAUCUCUUGCCAAGUACCAGCUAAUUACAUAUCAAAAGAGUUGUUUGAUAGUAUCAGUGUUUAUAUUAUAACCAAAGCAGAGCUUCAAAAAAGUACAAUAACAGUGACUCUGAAGGACCACAAAAUAUUGGGUUUCCCAGUCCGCAUUGAUGAUAAGAAGUAUGCAAGAAAUGCUUUCCACUUCAACUUAUGCUUUGCCUGUGAUAGUAAUGCUAGAACUGUCCAAUAUGAAUCUGUUGUUACAAAGUUCUCAGAUUAUUUGAUGAGUAUGGAGAUGGAUAAUAAUUUCCUGUCUGAUGGCAAAGCCAGCAUAAAACUCACUCCCAUUUUGACUCAAGUCAUGGAACAGCUCAACAAAACAGGCGAAUGUGCUCUUACAGAUGGCCCCACAGCUACACACCUCAAAGUCUGUCAAAUAAGGCUAGAUCCGCCUUCAGUAAUGGACCAUCAAGUUCCACUGUUCAUUAAAGCCUUACCAGAACAGCAAUGGGAUCUCACUACUCAACAAGUCACCCCUUAUAUUGAUGGUUUCAAUCAUGUGGCCCGAAUUGCUGCACUUUCUGAUGUAGAAAAUAAUUUAGUGAAAGCUUGUGUCCAAAAUCUGGUUUAUUAUGGAGUUGUUGCAUUGGUACCCCUUUUCCAAUAUGGAAAUGUGUAUUGUACAACCCCAAAGUUGAAGCUGUUGGCUCAAGAUAUGCUGCUGCAGAAAAAAUGUCUGGAGUACGUGUCGAAGUCGAAAAGGCAGCUACCUACCUUAAGAGACGUUUUCAGAAUGUAUGCAGCCAUGACCAGAGGCACCACUAUAAGAGAUCUUUGUGUUAGAUUCAACCCACCGAUUCUGAGGAUAGACGAAAGAAAGCUGGUACAGUUCGGGAUACUCGAACAAAUAAUUCGAAGGGUCCACAAAUAUCCGGUGAUAUUGAGCGAACAGUCCGACUUGCAAAAGAGCCUUUCUGGCGCUUCUUGCUUGGACGAACUGUGUUGCUCCAUCGGAGUUACUGCACAGCAAAUGGAGGAUCAGCUGGAGAGAGACCACAAUGUUGUUAUGUUGUGGAAGUGAGACUGGAACGUCCUCGAAUUAUCGAACUUUAUUUCUUGAUUUUGUGAUAUUUUGAGAUGAUUGAAUAAAAAACAUUUCAUGACCAAUAUUCUUUCAUUUCCACUAACAU